CAAAUUGAAAGCCAAAGCACCUCCAAGUUUCAGAGCUAGCUGGAGAGUGCAGGCUGCAGAGUACGCACAAUCUCAUUCUCCUGCUACCGCAAUCCUAAAGAAAAUACAUUCAACCAAAUUUGCAGAAGCUAGUGGGGAGAUCCAAAGGGUCUCAGCAAUGGAGUUGGUGGUGGGGGCUUCGGAGGCCACCAUGAAAUCUCUCCUGAGCAAGCUCGGGGGCCUGCUUGCUCACGAGUAUGCUCUCAUCAGGGCCGUCCGGGGCGACGUCCAGUACAUCAACGACGAGAUGGCGAGCAUGCAGGCCUUCCUGGGCGACCUCAGCAACAGCGCUCCCCAGGGCCACGACCGCCGGAUGAAGGACUGGAUGAAGCAGAUCCGCGAUGUCACCUACGACAUCGAGGAUUGCGUGGACGACUUCGCGCACCGCCUCUCCCACGACCCCGGCGGCGACGUCUGCUGCGCCUUCAUCGUCUCCAAUGUCUACGAGGUUUGGACGUGGCGACCUCGCCGCGACAUCGCUUCCAACAUCGCUCAGCUCAAGGUGCGCGCGGAGCAGAUCGGUGAACGGCGCACCAGAUAUGGCGUCGAGAACCCGAAGAGCAGCGACGCUCAGUCUGUUGGAGCUGCCACUGGAUUCCAGGCUGCCGAUAACCAGCAGAUCGGCCUCGAGCUUGUUGGCACCAAGACUCCGGUGGGAGUGGUCAAGGAAAUGGAGGAGCUGGGGAAGUGGAUGAUGUUGCAACCGGCUCCCCAUGAUCGCGCUGCCUCCUCACCAGAUCCUGCACCGUCCCCAACUGAGGCUGCGAAGGAAGACCAAGGCGUCCUGGCUAUUGUCGGGUUCGGAGGGGUGGGCAAGACUACCAUCGCCUCGGCAUUAUACCAGAACUUUGGCGAUCAGUUUGACUGCCGGGCGAAGGUCACGGUGUCGCAGAGCUCUGACAUAGAAGCGAUAGUACGGAUCAUACUCGAUCAAGUCCAUCCACAAUACAAAAAUAGCAAUGGCCGGACAGGCAGUAGGGGUGGUGGUACCUCUGAGAAAAAUCGCCUCAUGGCCUCCAUUGGCAACCUAUGGGAUACUGUCGUCCCCAAGGGCCACAAGGAAGACGUGCAGCGCGGUGGUAGCACCUCGGAGAUGACACAAGCCCUCAAGAGGCACUUGGAAGGACAAAGCUAUUUGAUCUUAGUUGAUGAUGUAUGGUCUGCAUCUAUGUGGGACAAGAUAAAAAAAUCACUGCCUACAAUUAACAAAGGCAGUAGAAUAAUAGUCACCACACGGUUUCAAGCUGUUGCCAGUGCCUGCAAGAGAAGUAAAGCAGAUCGUAUUCAUAAGGUGGUUGUACUUAGCGAUGAAAAGCCUAGAGAACUAUUCAUGGCCGAAUCGAAAAUGGGCAAUGAAAACCAUAACAAAGUUCCACCCAGACUCUGGGAAAUGUGUGGGGGUCUGCCAUUGGCCAUAGUUACCAUGGCUGGGCACGCCGCCUGCAACCCAAACAGAGAAGAAGAUGAAUGGAAGAAAGUGUGCAGCAGUCUGGUACCAGACUCCAGCAAAGCUCUUGCACAGGACGGAGUCACGAGGAUACUUAGUCACUGUUACAAUGAUAUGCCUGGUGAGAUCAAGACUUGCUCCUUGUAUUUGUGCAUAUUUCCCAAGGGGCGCAAGAUAAGCAGAAAGCGGCUGACAAGGCGGUGGCUGGCAGAAGGAUUCGUUAGUGAAAAGGAUGGGCUGAGCGUGGAGGAUGUCGCGGAGACAUACUUUAACCAUCUUGUAAAGAGAAAGAUCAUACGGGCCGUGGAGCACAGCAGCAAUGGGAAGGUCAAGAGCUACCAAGUUCAUGACAUGGUUCUUGAGUACAUUGUGUCCAAGGCAAGUGAAGAAAACUUCGUCACAGUGGUUGGUGGCCACUGGAUCAUGGCGCCGCCUAGCAACAAAGUUCGCCGUCUAUCCCUCCAAGGCGGUGACUCCAAACACAAGAAGGCAAUGGAGAGCAUGAACUUUUCUCAUGUUCGAUCUUUGACCUUGUUUGGGAGCUUGGCCCAACUGCCUUCCAACUCACUGAAAUUUGGAAUUGUGCAAGUGUUAGACCUUGAAGGUUGCAAGGAUUUCAAAAAGCAACAUGCCAAGGAGAUAUGCAAGAUGCUUCUACUCAAGUACCUCAGCCUCCGAAGGACAGAGAUUGACAAGAUACCCAAAAAGAUAGAAAAACUCCAGUAUCUGGAGACUAUUGACAUAAGGGAGACCAAUGUCAAAGAGCUGCCCAGCAACAUCUGCGUCCUUGAACGACUGGUGAACAUACUUGGUGGGAACAAAAGAACACGGAAGGCACUGAAGCUUCCAGAAGACCUAAAGAAGGAAACAAUGAAAUCCCUGCGCAUAUUGUCAGGUAUCGAGAUCGUUCAAGGAUCUGCGGUUUCUGUGGCGGACCUUCAUCAUCUCACAGAUCUAAGGAAGCUAGCCAUUUACAAGCUCAGUAUCCAGAAGGGGAGUAAGCUUUUCAGUGAUUUAAGCUCCUCAAUCGAGUACCUUGGUGGCUACUCUCUCCACACCCUUAUAAUUGAUGACCAGUCAUCUGAAUUUCUGACAUCACUGAAUGCUCUCUCUUCCCCUCCCAAGUUUCUAAAUGCUCUCGAGCUAUCUGGCAAGUUGAUCGAGCUCCCACAAUGGAUCACAGAACUGGAUGCUCUGACAAAGUUGACUCUCUCGGUGACGGUGCUGGCUACAGAUGCCUUGCAGCGCUUGAGCAAGCUCCAAAAAUUGUUUUCUCUCACGUUUUCGCUUACUUCAGCAAAGCAGGAUCCAGGAAAUACGGCACACUCUGAUAGAGAGAUAAUUGCUCCAGCUAGUGGAUUUGAGGAGCUCAAGCUUCUUCGCUUCUCGGCUCCUUGCGUACCACUGCUUAGCUUUCCAGAUAAGGCAAUGCCGAAGCUGGAGAGGCUUGAGCUGAAGUUCAGCAAUUUGGAGGGAAUGUAUGGCAUCGAAAACCUUGAAGAUCUCAAAGAGGUGCAUCUUAGAGUUCAUGACGAAGCAGGUGAUGUUACCAAGUUUAUGGUAGACGAUAUGGCAUCUGCAGCAAGGAAGGAUGACAAAGGACCCAGAAUAAUUGUUGACCAGUAUCACGAGUGAGUGUCCCCAAAGCCAAUUCACUGGUUUAUUAUUUAUUCUCAGAAAUAUUUUAUUUUAUAUUUAUAUCCUUUGUGCAAGCCGAAGACGAUAUUUGUUUGGUCAGUUUGUAAUAAUAGUGCUUGAGCUUCGUUUGAAUUCAGCGGAUGAGGACUCGCACUUAUAAUGAUUUACACUCUUGAGCAUGUCAAAUAUAUACAUUGUUCUAUCACAUUUUCACUUACAGUAACAUAGAACGAUCCAGACGCUAUGAUAA